CUCUCUCUCUCUCAUAUUCAUUCAUUCAACCAAGAACCCUCUCUCUGAUCUCUCUAUCUGCAAGUUGAUAAUCUCUGAGGUUAAGGAUUUGAAGAUCUGUGUGUGUGAGAAGUGAUGGAGAUGAUGGAGUGUUGUGUCCCUCCUGGUUUCAGAUUUCACCCAACUGAAGAAGAGCUUGUGGGUUAUUAUCUAAACAGGAAGGUUAACUCCUUGAAGAUUGAUCUUGAUGUUAUAACUGAUGUUGAUCUCUAUAGAAUUGAGCCAUGGGACAUUCAAGAAAGAUGCAAACUGGGGUACGAGGAGCAAAACGAGUGGUACUUCUUCAGCCACAAAGACCGGAAGUACCCGACCGGGACCCGGACAAAUCGGGCGACCGCGGCCGGAUUCUGGAAGGCCACCGGAAGAGACAAGGCGGUGUUGUCGAAGGAAAAGAUCAUCGGAAUGAGGAAAACGCUGGUGUUCUACCGAGGUAGAGCUCCCAAUGGCAAGAAAACUCACUGGAUCAUGCAUGAAUAUCGCCUUCAAUCUUCUGAACAUGCACCCCCUCAGGAGGAAGGAUGGGUGGUAUGUCGAGCAUUCAAGAAACCAAUCCCAAACAGCAAACCAUCAGGCUAUGAAGCUUGGAACAACCACAACAACCAUUGUUCUUACUACGUUAGAGAUAACAACAACAACAACAACAACAAUUCUUCUUACACGACAACCUUAAACGCAUCGAACAACCCUCCCAUUCAUCACCACUCUCCUGUCAUCAACCCAACAUUCAACCACCAAAUAGGAACCAAUUUCCCGCAAUUCCCUUUCUCGCCGCCGCACCUCAACCACGGCGGCGGCGGAUACGAUCAGAUCAAUCAGCAGCUGGUCGAGCUCCCGCAGCUCGACAGCCCCACCGUCUCAACCAAAGACGGCGGCGCCGCCGCCGCGACGGCGAGCGAAGAUUACGAGGAUGUCGUUGACAAGAAUAGCUACGGCAGCGGCGGCGGCGAUCAUAGUUGGAAGGACUUGGAUUAUAAGAUGAUUGCGCCGCCGCCGCAAGGAGUGAUGAUGAAUGACCAUCCAGUUUUGCCGUCUUAUUCAUUCGCUAAUAUGCCAUUACUCAUCCGUGACGAUGAUCGUAAUCACUUCAGCCAUCUCCUCGAGUGCUUCCCGGAUUUAUAGGGCAAGUCCUUUAACUCGUCUUGCAUAUGCGGGUCUCGAUCAAAUUGAAAACGGUACUUCUAAAACAUAAAUUCUUUAACUCGUGUUGCAUGUGUGGGUCUCGAUUAGAAACGGUAUUUCUGAAAGAUAAAUUCUUCGUCAGUCUAGAUCAAGAACGGUUUUGAACGGCCCAAACAUUACAUGAUCAUGAUAUAAAUAGGUCAAAAUUUUUAAGUUUAAUUUUAAUUUUCUUUCUCAUCAAUAACAAUCCUCAUUUGAAACAAAUUGAUCAAAAGAGGUCUUUUGAUUUUUGAAAAUUAUAUGUAAGUGGGGAUGACAUGAAACAGCUGUAAAUUAAAUUUUCGUUCACUUUUCGGGUGAUCGGGAAUACAUGAUUCUUUAGAAUUGGGAAAUGGUGUUACAGCCUUAUAGGAGGAAAAAAUGGCUUCAACUGCAUGCAAAGCCUGGUAGGAUUGGCUUCAAUGUUUCAUAUUUACCAUUUGACUGUACUGUUUGUUUUUUAUACUCUACAAAUGUGAAUUUAUGUUGUGCUUGA